AUGGCGACGCGGCGUCAGAAUUUGGGAUCUGCCGUACUACAUGGCGCAAUGUACGCAGCGGGAGGAUACGAUGGCUUAUCCCAACUGAGUUCAGUCGAAAAAUACAAUCCCUUCACCAAUGAGUGGACUGCAGUAUCAGACAUGAACACCAGCCGACUUUUCGUAGCAUUGGCCGUUGCUGGUGCAAGGCUGUACGCUGUUGGCGGGUAUGACGGCAAUACCAUCCUCGACACUGUUGAAGUUUUUGAACCAGAAUUGAAUCAGUGGAUGUAUCACAGUUGCAUGAACGAUCGGUUAAUGGCUAUUCAUGAUUCAGCAUUUAUUUAA